GUAACGGCCGUGCGCUGCCGCCCGCAGCAAGACUACCUGAUGCUGUGCGCCGUGGACGAGGCGGAGGAGAUGGUGGACGGCGGCAAGAAGGACGCGAUCGACGACCUGAAGGAAGGGGAGCUGGAGGCGUUCGUCCGCUCCCUGGGGCUCGGCAAGUAUGCGAAAAGUUGCCUGGUGGUGGAGGAGGGGGAGGAGGACGGCGGCGGCAGCGAGGAGAAAGAGAAGCCCCCAAAGAAAGAGCAAAGCAAGAAAGAAACUAAUCCUCCUUCGUUAGAAGGGAAAAAAGAAAAAAAAGUCAAGGAAAAGGCAAGCGGUGUGAAAGACAGCAAGAAAAAGCAACCUGGUGGUGAUCAGGACCAGCACCUUUCAGCAAAGAAAGAUAGGCUGGAAGAAGACUUUGAAUUUCAUGCUAGGCAAGUGAUACUGAUCAAACCAGGGGGCAAAUGGUACGAUCUGGACUACACCAACGAAUUCUCCUCAGAGCCACAAAAUCAGACGCUUCUGUCCAAGUAUAAGGCCUUGGCCCAAAAGCUGUACCAUCAUGAGAUAGAUCUGUAUAAGAAUAAGACAGAUCAUCAGAAGGGGGCCUCUUCGGCAUGGAUGAAAACUGUUGUGUCGUCGGGUACCUUGGCUGACAGGAUGGCAGCGAUGACUCUCCUCAUUCAGGACAGCGCUGUCCACAGUCUCCAGUUUGUUGAGAACUUGGUAAACCUCAUAAAGAAAAAGGGCAGCAGGCAUCAGAGCCUUAUGGCUCUGGAUACAUUCAAGGAGCUUCUCAUUUCAGAUCUCUUACCAGACAAUCGAAAAUUAUGGUCUUUCUCGCAGCGGCCGUGUAACAACAUAGAGAAGAUGUCGAGUGGCAAUAGGGAUUCAAGAGACAGACGGUUGAUACUGUGGUACUUUGAGCAUCACCUGAAACUGCAGGUGGCAGAGUUCGUGCAAGCGUUAGAAACACUGAGUCAUGAUUCUGUGACGGCAACGAAAUCCCGAGCGCUGGCAGUUGCCCACGAGCUUCUCUGUAACAAGCCGGAGCAGGAGAAAGUUCUGCUUGUUCAGCUGGUAAAUAAACUGGGAGACCCUCAGAACAAAAUUGCCACCAAAGCCUCUUAUCUUUUAGAGAUGUUGCUUCACAAGCAUCCAAAUAUGAAGGGAGUAGUGUGCAGUGAGGUGGAGAGGCUUUUGUACCGCUCAAACAUUCAUGUGAAAACUCAAUAUUAUGCCAUUUGCUUUCUAAAUCAGAUAGUCCUCAGUCAUGAAGAAAGUGCGUUGGCUAGCAAACUGAUCACUUUGUACUUUUGCUUUUUUCGGAACUGCAUUAAGAAAAAAGACGUUGAAUCCAAAAUGCUCAGCGCUCUUCUUUGCGGGGUAAACAGAGCUUACCCUUAUGCUGAGACUGGUGAUGAGAAAGUGAAAGAACAAAUGGACACGUUGUUUAAAGUUCUGCAUCUUGUGAACUUCGGUACCAGUGUCCAGGCCCUGAUGUUACUGUUUCAAGUGAUGGACUCUCAGCAGACUGUAUCUGAUAGGUACUACGCAGCACUCUACAAGAAGCUUCUAGAUCCUGCUUUAGCAACCUGCUCAAAGCCAUCCAUGUUUCUGAAUCUCGUCUAUAAAUCUCUGAAGGCAGAUGUAGUGUUACGGCGCGUGAAGGCCUUUGUGAAGAGGUUACUUCAAGUCACUUGUGGGCAGAUGCCACCCUUCAUUUGUGGAACCCUGUACCUUCUGUCUGAGCUUCUGAAAGUAAAACCAGAGUUAAGGGUCCAGUUACAGGAUCACGUGGAGUCAGAUGAUGAAGAGUGCUUUAAGGAUCAAGAAGAGGCUGAAGAAGAUGAGGAAAAAAUUGUGGAUGCAGACAAAGAAGUAGAAAGUGAAGAGAGGAGCACAAUGGAAAAUUCUGCUAAAAAAAAAGAUUCAAAUUCAACAGCCUCGUGGGUGCAUCAUCUGAAUAUGGGAGGCAGGAAGAGUGGAGCUUCAUAUGAUCCUAUGCACCGAAGUCCUUUAUACUGUCAUGCUGAAAGUACAAGCCUUUGGGAACUGAAGAAGCUUUCUGAACAUUUUCAUCCAUCUGUGGCCCUAUUCGCAAAAACAAUUCUAGAAGGAAAUCACAUUCAGUACUCCGGUGACCCUUUGCAGGAUUUCACAUUAAUGAGAUUCUUGGAUCGCUUUGUGUACAGAAAUCCCAAACUCCAUAAAGGCAAAGAGAACACCAGCAGUGUGGUAAUGCAGCCGAAGAAGAAGCAGUUCAUGAAAGAUAUGCAGAAUUUUGCAGUCAACAGUAAGGAAUUCCGUGCCAAAGAUGAAAGCAAAAUCCCAGUGGAUGAAGUGUUUUUUCACAGAUUUUAUUCAAAGUUCGAUAAGAGGAGAGAGAAGCAAAAGCGUCAGGAUGAUGAAGAAAGUGUGGAAGAUGUAGAUGAUGAUGAAUUUGAAAGAGCAUUGGAUACAUUUGAAGCUGCUGAUAAUGCCAUUGAUGUUGGCCAGGAUGACCUUGAUUUUGCUGGUAAUAUAAAAAAGAAAACCAAAGAUGGUAAGAAAGGCCAAAGAAGUGAGGAAUCCAGAGCUGACUGGGAGGAUUCUGAUGAUGAAGAUGAAUUCAGUGAUCUGGAUGAUGAGGAAGUCUCCUUAGGAAGUAUGGAGGAAGACUUCGGAGGGGAUAUGGACGAAGAGGGAGGUGUAUUUAUGGAUGUGUCUGAUGAUGAUAACAGCCUAGACCCGAACAAUGACAAUCAAUUGAAGUCUGUCAGUAAAAAGGGCAAGAGAAAGAAAGAUAUGACUUUUGUGGGAUCACUUGAAGGAUCCAACUGAGGAAAGAAGAGGAAACUCAAAGAUGCCAGUAUACUAGCAUCUGCAGAAGAGUUUGGCUAUCUGCUCGAUGAAAAUGCUGGGUCUAAGUUUGACAAUAUCGGAAUGAACGCCAUGGCCAACAGAGAUAAUGCAAAUGUCAAACAGAUCCAGUGGGAAAUAGAACGUGACAAGUGGCUUCACAAUAGGGAUGUGAAAAGCAUCAUCAAAAAGAAGAAACAGUUCAGGCACAGAGGGCUGAAAAACAAGUACAGAGGCAAGAAAUCAAAAAGAUGAACUGGACAUUUUAAUGUGGACAUUUUUACAAUAAUUAUUCUAAAAUAUUUUUUAAUUAAUCACACAUCUUUCUUACUUCAGUUCUUGCUGCUUAACCAUGUCAUUUGGUCAUUCUCCCUUAUGCCGUGAAUUCCAGACCACUCAUUGGAUUUGUAAUACACUGAAAAAUAGGAAAAUCCAUGUCAGCUGUAAGUUAGGCAUGUCUGAGGGUGAGCCCCUUUGUGGCUAGUUUUGUUGGAUGUAUAGUCCUCCGGUUCUGAGGACUCGACAGUCUGACACUCCAGCCACGCCUAUGCAUAACAAUAAAUGCUUCUGCACUGUCUCCUGGGGUAAGUUUUAAGCAAUAAUGAAAUCUGUUUUAUACAUAAGAUGCAACAGAAGCUUCAGCCAUCCUUCUGAAGCCAACAACUACAAACCUACCUUCCAGAAUUGAUGGAAACCUCUUCUGCAUUGUGUAUCUGAAAUCUGAUAAGAAAGAUAAAUCAACAGUUACUUUACCCAACAUAUUUUAAGUUGAAUAAUUAAAUGCACUGUUUUUCUAACUAGAUUAGUUUUACCUAAAUUUGUCUGAGCUCCUUAGUUACAGCCACCAUUAAAUAAUGU